GCAGAGUCUUUAAAAUCAACUGCCCCUCCAUCUUUUUCCAGGUCUACUCUUUGACCUUUUCCCACAACUACUGUGCAUCCUCCCAACACCACAACGUGUUCGACUAUUUGUCACCCACAAACUCAUGAUCACGACCUAUUGAGAUCUCGCACGGCUGAGGAGUAUCACAGAAUAAUUCUGUAUACUCCUUGCGUCAGGACUUGAUCAUCUCGCUCCAAUAUUUAACUCUGGUGCCUUCCCUUAACCUUAACUCUGCCCGCGUUUGCAAGCAAGGUCUACUGCAUGUUUACCGGCCAGCCAUAAACGUUUACCCGUAUAUAAUAUCCAAUCAUCCCAAGAAAAAAGCAGAUUUCUUUGACUCGAGUAACCGGCAGUUUGUCGAGUUUCUUGGAAUACAGAAACAACACAACGCAUCGCCUUCGGUCUUCUAUCGUCCUCCCGCAAAACUUGCUCAAGCGAGGCUUGAUCUCCACCGGUAAUGCUUCCUCCGCUUCCGAAACUCUCCGACUAUGGAGUCUCACCCACCAGCGGGUUCCUCCCCGAGGUCCUACCCCUGUCGAGACUCCCGGACCCCUACUACAACAAGUGGGAAGCCGUUGCCGCCAACCUGCAGGCUCUCAUUCUCAGCAAGCGCCUGAGGCCCGUCGUCGACCGCCUGCCGGUCCUCUCCACCAUCGGUCUGGAACAUGACGCGGAGUGGCGGAGGGCCUACUCGAUCCUGUGCUUCAUGGCCCACGGCUACAUCUGGGGCGGUGACAGCCCCUCGGAACGCCUUCCGGCCUCCAUCUCGGUGCCCCUGCUGCAGGUCGCCGAGCGUCUCGACGUUGCCCCCGUCGCCACUUAUGCCGCCGUCUGUCUUUGGAACUUUAAGCCGCUGUUUGUCGACGAGGGAAUUGAUGACCUCGAGAACCUCGCCACCCUCAGCACUUUUACUGGUUCCAUCGACGAGUCGUGGUUCUAUCUGGUCUCUGUUGCUAUCGAGGCCCGCGGCGCCGCCACUAUUCCGCUGAUGCUCAAGGCCAUCCAGGCCGCCAGGGAUGGCGACGCCGCCACUGUCACGUCUUGCCUGGUCGCCUUUGCCGAGCGCAUCGAUGAUCUGGGCAACCUUCUGCAGCGCGUGCACGAGAACUGCGACCCGCAUAUCUUCUACCACCGCAUCCGGCCCUUCCUGGCCGGCAGCAAGAACAUGGCCGACGCGGGUCUGCCGAACGGCGUCAUCUACGAAGACGGCUCCGGCGCAGAGUCGUACCGCCAGUACAGCGGCGGCAGUAACGCGCAGAGCAGCAUCAUUCAAUUCUUUGACAUUGUCCUGGGCAUCGAACACCGACCAACCGGCGAGAAGACCUCUGGUGCCCAGCAGCAGGAACAGCAGCGUGGGCGCACCGACGGCGCCCCGCAGCACAACUUCAUCAUGGAGAUGCGGCGGUACAUGCCGGGCGGCCACGCGCGGUUCCUGGGCGCCGUGUCGUCGGUGGCCAACAUCCGACAGUUCGUCGAGGCGCACGGUGCAACCAACAAGCCGCUCGCGCUGGCCUACGACGCAUGCCUGGCCAUGCUGCGGGCCCUGCGCGACCGCCACAUCGCCAUCGUGGCGCGGUACAUAGUCGUGCCGUCGCGCGAGGCGAUGCGGGGCCGUAGUCGCAGUCCCGAGGCGUCGAGGGCGGAGGGCAGGAACACUGCUGCUGCCAAGGUCAACCUCGCGACGGCCGUGUCCCGCGGGCCGAAGGGCAUCGCGCUCGACACGUCCGGCGACGCGGGGAAGAAGGACCAGCUCAAGGGCACGGGCGGCACGGCGCUCAUUGCGUUCCUGAAGCAGGCGCGCGACGAGACGGGCGAGCCGGCCGUCGAGGCCUGGACGAGGAGGUACAUGAAGCGCGGCAGCGGCAAGGUCCCCGGAAGCGGGGACUUUUUCCUCGGAAAAGAGGACGGUGCCGACGAGGAGGUCGUGCAGGUCAAUGGGCUUGCCGGCAUGUGGACUAUGGAGGGUGAAGGGGGUGGGAUUUGUAAUUACUGAUUUUAUUCGCCCCCUUUGUGUGCCCCUGUCCGUCUUUUUCUUUUUCGAAUGUCUGUCCGAGAUGUUCUUGCUUUUACCCCUGAUCUGUCACCCUAAAGGAGACAUACCAGAUAUCCCUGAGGGGGAUGAUUUAGGAUCAAUAUUGAAACCAAAUGGUUUUGCAAAUGAACAAUGGUUGCCUGAUGCAAGAGCUGUUAGCAAAAGUGACAAAUAUCGAGUAAAAUUCGAGGGCGUU